CUCUCUUUCUGUCACUUUAUUUCUUUUUUUUUUCCCCCCUCUCCCUCCUUCUCCAACCAGCCUAAAAAUUAGGGUUAGGGUUUACAAAAAAAAACCCAAACCGGAAUAAAGAAGAAGAAAAACCCAGAUUUGCAAUCUUCAAGUUCUGAUAGAAGAAACCAAAAAGGAAGUGUUUGUAGAGUACCCUUUGAAAGGGGUAUCCAAAAGAAUGGGUUCUUUUUCAGCAUCAGUUAUCAAGUGGCAGCCAUUUUUCUUACUCUUCUUCUGUGUAUUAAACUGUGUCGUUUUGGGUGAUAUUUCUUCAGACAAAGCUGUUCUUCUUGAGUUUAAGAAGUCUGUCUCGGAUCCUUCGGGGCUUUUGUCUACUUGGACUGAAACUUCCCAUCAUUGUUCAUGGGCUGGUGUUUCAUGUGACAACAACUCCAGUGUUUUGUCUCUUAACAUAACUGGUUUUGGAAAAGGGCAAAAAGGUAAUUUCAACAAUACAGAUGCUUCUGUUUCGUUUUCUUGUUCUGAUUAUAGUUUAUUUCCAUUUUAUGGAUUUGGUAUUCGAAGGAAUUGUGGGGGAAGUAAUGGGAGUUUGUUUGGAAAGUUGUUGCCUUCGAUUGGAAAAUUGAGUGAACUGAGAAUUCUCUCACUUCCUUUUAAUGGAUUUGGAGGUGAAAUUCCUACUGAAAUUUGGGGUUUGAAAAAAUUGGAGGUACUUGAUUUAGAGAACAAUUUGUUAUCUGGGUCAUUGCCUCCUGGCGUUUCUGGGUUAAAGAAUUUGCGAGUUCUUAAUUUGGGUUUUAAUAAUAUUAGUGGAGAGAUACCAAGUUGGCUUUCGAGUUUGGAACAAAUGGAGAUACUGAAUUUGGCUGGUAAUCUUGUGAAUGGAACCAUUCCUGGAUUUGUUGGAAGGUUUAGAGGUGUUUACUUGUCAUUUACGUGGCUUGGUGGGUCACUGCCAGCUGAUAUUGGUGAAGGCUGUAAGCUUGAGCAUUUGGAUUUGUCGGGGAAUUACUUAGUUGGUCAGAUACCUGCUAGUUUGGGUAAGUGUAGUCAGUUGAGGUCGUUGUUGUUGUAUACAAAUUUGUUGGAGGAAGGGAUUCCGCGUGAAAUUGGCCAGCUUCAGAAUCUUGAAGUGUUGGAUGUUUCGAGGAAUAGUUUGAGUGGUCCAAUACCUGUUGAGCUUGGGAAUUGUUCUGGAUUGACCGUGCUUGUGCUUUCAAAUAUGUUCAAUCCGUAUGAUGAUCUUGCUAUGGCUAAAGGGGAUCCAAGUUCUGUAAAUGAUGAUUUUAAUUUUUAUCAAGGUGGAAUUCCUGAUGAAAUUACAAAGCUUUCAAAGCUGAGGGUAUUAUGGGCUCCAAGGGCAACACUUGAGGGCAACUUGCCAAGUGACUGGGGCACUUGUGACAGCUUGGAGAUGGUAAAUUUGGCUCAGAAUUUUUUUGCAGGGGAAAUUCCUAUUGGUCUUAGUCUCUGCGAGAAGCUGCGGUACCUUGACUUAAGCUCAAAUAAGCGCCUUACUGGAGAGCUUAGUGAGGAACUUGCAGUUCCUUGUAUGAGUGUGUUUGACAUUGGUGAAAAUUCCUUGUCAGGUUCAAUCCCUAGAUUCUACAACCGUGGAUGCCCUGAUGUUCUUACCUCAGAUUCGUAUUCCUUUGAACCCUUCAACGCAACAUCUGCAUAUUUAUCGUUUUUGGCAAGUAAAACUAGGGCUGGAACAUCUAUUGAAUUUUUUGGAGGAGAUGCUGCUCCUGCUGUGUUUCAUAACUUUGGAGGUAACAACUUUACUGGCAGUGUUUUGUCAAUGCCAAUCGCACCGCAAAGAUUAGGGAAACAGAUUUCUUAUGCAUUUUAUGCUGGAGAAAACUUACUGAGUGGACCAUUUCCUGGGAACUUGUUUGAAAACUGCAACACAUUGGAUGCACUGUUUGUUAAUAUUAGCUACAACAGAAUGUCUGGUCAGAUUCCAGCUGAAAUCAGUAAAAUUUGCAAAUCUCUCAAAUUUCUGGAUGUUUCUGUGAAUGAAAUAACUGGGCCCAUUCCCCCUAGCGUUGGAGACUUGGUUUCUCUUGUUUCUCUUAAUUUGAGCUCAAACCUUUUACAAGACCAGAUUCCGAGCAGUUUUGGGCAGAUGAAGGAUCUCAGGUAUAUUUCUUUGGCUGGUAACAAUCUGACUGGAUCUAUUCCUUCCAGCUUUGGGCAACUGCAAUCUUUACAAGUGCUGGACCUGUCUUCAAAUUCUCUUUCUGGUGAAAUUCCUGAAGGUCUGGUCAAUUUGAGAAACCUGGCUGUUCUUCUGCUCAAUAAUAACAAACUCUCUGGGCAAAUUCCCUCUGGUUUGGCAAAUGUGACCAUGCUCUCUGCGUUCAAUGUGUCCUUCAAUAACCUGUCUGGGCCAUUGCCAUCAAGUAAUAAUUUGAUGAAAUGCAGCAGUCUUCUUGGAAACCCUCUUCUACAGCCUUGCCAUGCAUACUCCUUAAUGCCAUCUUCAGAUCAAGCAAGAGCUGGUGAUUCACAAAAUUAUGCUGCAUCACCACCAGGAUCUGCAACUCAGAGGACUGGAAAUAAUGGUUUUAACUCAAUUGAGAUAGCAUCAAUAACAUCUGCUUCAGCCAUUCUUUCAGUUCUUCUAGCACUUGUUAUCUUAUUCCUCUACACCAGGAAGUGGAAUUCAAAAUCCAAAAUUAUCAGCAGCACAAAAAAAGAAGUAACAAUUUUCUCAGACAUUGGGGUUCCAUUGACAUUUGACAGUGUUGUGCGGGCCACAGGGAAUUUCAAUGCUAGCAACUGUAUUGGGAAUGGAGGUUUUGGGUCAACUUAUAAAGCCGAGAUCUCUACUGGAGUUUUAGUGGCAAUAAAGCGGCUGGCAAUUGGACGGUUGCAAGGUUUUGAACACUUUGAUGCAGAAAUUAAAAUUCUUGGGAGGUUGCGCCACGCAAAUCUUGUCACUUUAAUUGGUUAUCAUGUCAGUGAAACGGAGACAUUCCUUGUAUACAAUUAUUUGCCAGGUGGUAACUUGGAGAAGUUUAUUCAGGAGAGGUCCACUAGAGCUGUGGACUGGAGGAUACUUUACAAAAUUGCUUUGGACAUAGCCCGUGCUCUAGCCUACCUGCAUGAUGAAUGUGUCCCACGAAUUCUCCAUCGUGACGUCAAGCCCAGUAAUAUCCUGUUGGAUGAUGAUUAUACUGCUUAUUUGUCAGACUUUGGUUUGGCCAGACUUUUGGGAACUUCAGAGACCCAUGCUACCACAGGUGUAGCUGGAACUUUUGGGUAUGUUGCUCCAGAGUAUGCAAUGACUUGCCGUGUAUCUGAUAAGGCUGAUGUUUACAGUUAUGGGGUGGUGCUCCUUGAGUUGCUCUCAGAUAAGAAAGCCUUAGAUCCCUCGUUUUCUCCGUAUGGAAAUGGUUUCAACAUUGUUCAAUGGUCUUGCUUGCUAUUGCGACAAGGCCAGGCCAAGGAGUUCUUCACCGCAGGGUUAUGGGAUGCAGGUCCCCAGAAUGACUUGGUAGAAGUCCUACACUUGGCAGUUGUUUGUACUGUUGAUUCUCUCUCUACCAGACCGACAAUGAAACAAGUUGUAAGACGGCUGAAGCAACUUCAGCCAUCAUCAUGUUAGUAGCCUGAUAAAGCUUCUGUUGAUUAACAUAGUAAUUGUAGGAGGUUAGGCCCCUACGCUUGGCCAUUGUUGCGGGCUGGCCUUAGGUAGAGUUCUAAGCUGUAGUUAUUUCCACUUGUAAAUUGUAAUACAGUUUUGCCCCUAAUUUUCUGAUGCUAUUUCUCGGAUAGGGGUUCACUGAUGACUCUGCAGAAGAAUGCAGAUAUAUUUUUUUUAUCCAAGUUGUACACUUGUAUCUGAGUUUUCAUUGGAUGUCUAAUAAAACAAUAGAAUAGUUUUCCUGCCUA